AUGACGUCUGGAACUGUUAGUAUUAAAGAGCUAACUAUCCCACAACUUCAAGAUCUCGCACGGCAAUUUGAACAAAAAAUUCAGUUUAUAUCUGCUUCCAUACAACAGCUCAAGUCUCUGCAGGCUCAGUUCGUUGCCUCCAAAAGUUGUCUGGGCGAGCUAACCCCAGAAAAAGAAAACAAAGAUAUUCUUGUCCCUUUAACUUCAACCUUGUGUGUUCCUGGGAAAAUUUCUGAUGCUUCACAUGUGCUUGUGGACAUUGGUACUGGGUACUAUACCGUUCCAGAAGCUGAAAGUCACUUCUCCCGUCGAGUAGAAUAUAUCAAUAAACAAAUAAGGAAGAUUUUGCCUGUUCUGGAGGAAAAAACACAGGCACAUAAAUCUAUUUCAGACGUACUGGAUGCUAAAAUUCAAGAGUUCAUCAAAGUUCGGUCAGCAGCGUGUUCUUGA